GUACACAAAGCACGUCUCUGAUUGGUCAGUCCGAGUUCCAUGCAGAAUACUGCCGCUGAAAGAACGUCCUGCAACAUCCAAACAUAAAACGAAGCCCACAUUAAGUCGAUAUGAGUCUGAGAAAGCAAACGCCGAGUGACUUUUUGAAGCAGAUCAUCGGCAGACCCGUAGUAGUCAAACUGAACUCUGGAGUCGAUUAUAGAGGUGUGCUGGCGUGUCUAGACGGCUACAUGAACAUCGCCAUAGAGCAGACCGAGGAGUAUGUGAACGGUCAGCUCAAGAAUAAAUAUGGAGAUGCUUUUCUGAGAGGAAACAAUGUUCUCUACAUCAGCACCCAGAAGAGGAAAGUUUAACAGUGGCCAUUUUAUGUUUUAGUUUUUACUUUUUCUUUCUUUGUGAAUUUCAUAAGAGAGUUUGGUUCUGUAAAAACAUAGUGGUGAAUAAUGUUUAGUUUUGUUAUGUGUCUACAUUUGGAAAUACAUCUCGUUUUUUACUCAGGCCAAUAUAUUUCCUGAUUUUCAUUGUUCAUCAAAAAAUCCAAAGUAAUUGGGCUUACAAUUCAAAUGCUGUUUUUUUUUUUUUUACUUGAUCCAAAAUGAAAAAAGAUGUUCCUGACGCCCUUUGUUAAACAGAAUUACUGAAGUGUGGAAAUGGAAGUUUAAUUGUUCUUCUUAAUUAAAGAUAUGUUUAUGUACAUUUUGUGGUCCAGUGUUUUACAUUAGAUCAUAUAUUUGUCUUGUCAGCUUUGAACCAAUUGCCACUUGCAUUUGAAAUAACCUUUUGUUGAUGUUGAUACAACUGC